UAGUGCACACCGAGAGAGAGACUGAGUGGGUGAGUGAGUGAGUGACAAAGAGAGAGAGAGAGACAGAGUGAGGGGCUUUUAAAGGAUUUGACAGUGAUUUGUAGAAGCACAGUUGUGGAAUGUUUGGGCAUUUCCACCUUUUCCCGCGUUUUAGGUUUUACUAAGGUUCUGAAUACUCAAGAGUCAAAAAAAUCCUUAUCUUAGCUUUGCGUGUGAGAAGACUGUGGACGUUUUAAGAUGAGAGCUGAAGACUCGGAUGUUGGUGACGUUUACCGUCGUGCUUCAGAACCAUCAAACUUCAGUUCCAGAUGGGCGCACACUGGCAUCUGCAGCAGUCGGAGACACAGGUAGAGAAGAAAGCACUGUGCUGUAGUAGAAGACUACUACGACAACUAUGACAUCACAGCACCACACAACAUCACUAUGUCAUCGCCGCAGGAUCAGCAGGGCACCCGGACAACGUGUGAGCUCCCUGAUUCACGUCAUGUGGAUAGUGAUGAUGGGAUUCACUCCAGAAACCUGGGCCUCCUCAGAAACUCAGCCUCAUUCCAUAAAGAUAGAGGGGGACGUCACUCUGGGAGGCCUUUUUCCUGUGCAUUCCAGGGGCCCCGCUGGUGUUCCUUGUGGGGAAAUUAAGAAGGAGAAGGGGAUCCAUCGUAUGGAGGCCAUGUUGUAUGCGCUGGACCAGAUCAACAGUGACCCAGACCUGCUUCCUAAUAUCACCCUGGGUGCCAGGAUACUGGACACGUGCUCCAGGGAUACGUACGCACUGGAACAGUCCCUCACCUUUGUCCAGGCCCUCAUCCAGAAGGACAACUCAGAUGUUCGCUGUUCCAACGGAGAACCACCCAUCAUCCCAAAACCAGAGCGUGUGAUAGGGGUCAUCGGGGCUUCGGCCAGCUCAGUGUCCAUAAUGGUGGCCAACGUCCUUCGUCUGUUUGCGAUACCUCAGAUCAGUUAUGCUUCAACAGCACCUGAGCUUAGUGACAACAAUCGCUACGACUUUUUCUCCCGAGUCGUGCCACCCGAUUCCUUCCAGGCCCAGGCGAUGGUGGACAUCGUCAAAGCCAUGGGGUGGAACUAUGUUUCUACUCUGGCUUCAGAGGGGAAUUAUGGAGAGAGUGGUGUAGAUGCUUUCGUUCAGUUAUCAAGGGAGGCAGGUCUUUGUAUCGCACAGUCCAUAAAAAUUCCUAGGGAGCCAAGACCAGGAGAGUUUGACAAGAUUAUCAAAAGGCUAAUGGAGACAUCCAAUGCCAGAGGGGUUAUUAUUUUCGCUAAUGAAGAUGACAUCAAGCGUGUCCUGGAAGCAGCAAAAAGAGCCAAUCUUACAGGUCACUUUUUGUUUGUGGGAUCUGAUAGCUGGGGAGCAAAAAACUCACCCAUCCUAAACCUGGAAGACGUGGCUGAGGGUGCAGUUACUAUCCUCCCCAAGCGGGCAUCCAUUGAGGGGUUUGACCAAUACUUCACAUCAAGAUCACUGGAAAACAACAGGAGGAACAUCUGGUUCGCUGAGUUCUGGGAGGAUGACUUCAAAUGCAAACUGACACGUCUUGGCAUCCGAGGAGACAGCGGGCUGAGGAAAUGCACAGGAGAGGAACGGAUCAGCCAGGAUUCUGUAUAUGAACAGGAAGGGAAGGUGCAGUUUGUGAUCGACGCCGUGUACGCCAUGGCCCACGCACUCCAUAGCAUGCACAUGGACCUCUGUCCAGGUUCGAUGGGCGUUUGUGACAAAAUGGACCCGGUGGAUGGAAGAAUGCUGCUGAGUUACAUCCGUGCUGUCAGUUUUAAUGGCAGUGCUGGGACAGGUGUGAUGUUUAAUGAAAACGGUGAUGCCCCAGGACGAUACGAUAUCUUCCAGUACCAGCUUUCCAAUACCACCAACCCGGGAUAUAAAGUCAUCGGCCAGUGGACCAACCACUUACGACUCAGUGCGGAGGACAUGCAGUGGUCUGGAGGGGAUAAACUGGUUCCAGACUCGGUUUGCAGUUUUCCCUGUGAGUCUGGGGAGAGGAAGAGGAUGGUGAAAGGUGUGCCGUGCUGCUGGCACUGUGAACUAUGUGAUGGCUAUCAGUACCUCCUGGAUGAGUUUAACUGCGAUACGUGCCCCUUUGACAUGAGGCCCACGUCCAACCGCACUGGCUGCCGUCCUACUCCCAUCAUCAAGCUGGAGUGGAGCUCUCCGUGGGCCAUUAUCCCAGUAUUUCUGGCGGUGCUGGGCAUUCUUGCUACAUCAGGAGUCAUCAUCACCUUCAUCCGCUUCAAUGACACCCCCAUAGUCCGUGCUUCGGGCCGAGAGCUCAGCUAUGUUCUCCUGACAGGCAUCUUCCUCAUCUAUCUCAUCACCUUCCUCAUGAUCGCUGAGCCGAGCACUGUGGUGUGCGCGUUUCGCAGGUUGAUUUUGGGGCUGGGCAUGUCCAUCAGUUACUCUGCCAUGCUCACCAAAACAAAUCGGAUCUACAGGAUCUUUGAGCAGGGAAAGAAAUCAGUGACACCACCGAAAUUUAUCAGCCCCACAUCCCAACUGAUCAUCACAUUUAUUUUGAUCUCAGUACAGCUCCUGGGUAUUUUCAUUUGGUUCGGAGUGGUUCCACCUCACACAAUCGUCGACUUUGAUGAGCUACAUCCCCCCAACCCAGAGUAUGCCCGUGGGAUCCUGAAAUGUGAUAUGUCAGAUCUGUCUCUGAUUGGCUGUCUGAGCUACAGUAUGGUGCUGAUGGUCACGUGUACAGUCUAUGCCAUUAAGAGCAGAGGGGUUCCUGAGACCUUCAAUGAGGCUAAACCCAUUGGCUUCACCAUGUACACUACCUGUAUCAUCUGGCUGGCCUUUGUUCCCAUAUUUUUUGGCACGGCACAAUCCACAGAAAAGAUGUUCAUUCAAACCACCACACUGACCGUGUCCAUGAGCUUGAGCGCCAUGGUGUCCCUUGGCAUGUUGUACAUUCCUAAAGUCUACGUCAUCAUCUUCCACCCAGAGCAGAACGUUCAGAAACGCAAGCGCAGCUUCAAAGCCGUGGUCCAGGCAGCUACCAUUUCCACUCACCUCUCACAGAAGUCCAGCGACAAGCAGAACGGAGAGACCAAAGUUGAACCAGAUAGAUCCAAAUAAAGACCAGGAGCAUCACCAGUUGAGUUGAAAUGAUUCAUGAAUUCAUGAUGAAGACUGGCCAAACAGAGUCCCUUUGGAGAAAAAAAACAAAACAACAGAAAAUGUCUUGCACCAGCAUUCCUUGAAGGAUUGGAAUCAGACAAUUAAACUUGGGCACACAUCAGUGAGUCAGAUUCAGCUUCAGUGUCAUCUCCAUCCUGAUCUCCUUAUCCUAAAUAUAUAUCAUAAAAGAUCAAAUGAGACUUUCAGAGCUACAGAGACAAUGCUGGGAUCAAAUGUGCUUCGACAAUUCACUCAGUGGAGUGCACUCUCUUUGAACUCUUUGGUUUUAAAAACGUGCCAUAACUUUCAGUAUAAAUGUUUUAAGUGUCUUGUGUGCGAAAUCCUGUAUUCUUCAUUAUAUUUAUUAAAAUGUAUAUAUUACCAAGAAAAAGCAAUGACAAUCUAAUGAAACAACAAAAGUUUUGAUCAGAGAUUUUUAGUUGUAUCAUGUUUCCUUGAGCUUCCCGAGAAAUAUUGAUUUUAAACAAAAAAUAUAUUGUAUUGAUUGAUAUUUAUUGAAUAAUUUAAAUUAAACUAGUAAAAUUUUAGAUCCUUUUAUUGUCACAUGCAGCUGGCUUUCAGAGCAGUCACUUGUAUCUUAGUAAAGGAGAGGGGAAAAGAAGACCAUGCAUUAUUGUUCAGUUACUUGUAUUUUCAGCAUUAAAGAAGCAGUUAAUAUUUAAUGAUGAUCAUGCAGUUACUGUAAACUCAGGUUCCAGUUAGGCUUAUUUACCUUGAUGAAUUUUGUGGGUGUCUCGUUUUCAUUUAAGAGAUGUAAAAUAUAUUGAUUCAAUGCAUGUUGGAAAAAAUGAUUUUAAAAAAUCCUGAAAAAUAAAUUGAUAUGU